GUCGAACCACCACCAAGCAGCCCAACCCAUCGGUUCGACAACUUCACAGACCAGUGAGUGACACACACCCAUGCCGCCGCCGCCGCUCGCGCGCCGCCUACUCCUCCAGCCGCUGCCGCGCGGCGCGCGCGCCCUCCACACGACCCCGGCCCCGCGCCGCGGCCCGGGGGUGCUGGCCUGCCGCCUGGCGUCCCGCGCCGUGGUCCGCUUCGCGGGGCCCGAGGCGGCGCGCUUCCUCCACUCGCUGCUCACCAACGACCUCCUCUCCGCCUUCUCCGCGGCCGGCGCGUCGUCGCCGCAGCGGUACGCGCCCACGCCGAACGCGCCCGCGCGGGGCCCCGCGGCGCCCGCCUACGCCGCGCUGCUCACGCCGCAGGGCAGGUUCCUCUACGACCUCUUCCUCUACCGGCCCCCGCCGCGGUCCCAGAUGCUCGACCGCACAGGAUCCGCGCCGGAGACCGGUGAGGCCCCCGAGGGGCACCCGCACCCGCAGGAGGUACUCGCAGACGUUGACGCCGCCGAGGUGGACGACCUCGUCGCCUGCUUUAAGAGAUAUCGUUUGAGAUCCAAGGUUGAAAUAGACAAUGUAAGUGAGAAUUUUGCAUGUUGGCAAAGAUUUGGACAUGAUGUAGUGCACACUGAACCUUCUACUCAAGAACCUGAGGCUCAAUCCAUUGGGUGGGGACAAGGUGUUGACCAUGCUGGCGAGUCAGCUGCGCAAGGGAACGGUCAUGGAUGGCAAUGGCUCAAAGAUCCUCGGUUGGACUACCUUGGUUACAGAGGAAUUUUUCCAGCUGACACGAUACCACCCCUAGUUGAGUCUGACAAAGAAGCAGAUGAACGCCAUUAUCAACUUUGGCGGAUAGAAAAUGGAGUCGCAGAAGGUUCGACUGAGAUCCCAAAAGGCGAAGCAAUCCCGCUGGAGUACAAUCUUGCUGGCUUGAACGCCAUUUCGUUCGAGAAGGGCUGCUACAUCGGGCAGGAGCUUAUCGCUCGGACGCACCAUCGCGGUGUCAUCCGGAAGCGCCUAAUGCCAAUGAAGUUCGUCGACGGGAAUGGGCAAGAACUCGAGCAGGCCGUCGCUCCAGGCUCGGAGGUCGUGGACGAGGCUUCAGGCAAGAAGGUCGGGGCAGUGAGCACCGCUCUGGGCUCCCGCGGGAUGGGCCUGCUAAGACUCGAAGAAGCACUGAAACCGGGCUCGGUCCUCCGCGCCGGCGGCAACAGGGACGUGAGGGUCCAGGCGAUCAAGCCGGACUGGUGGCCAGCCGAGUGGACACAGGUGCUUCAGGAACAGCGCGCAGCCGCUUGACAGCAGCGGAGCUGUAUGUAGUACUGGACCCCAAACCCAAACCCUGCCUGCCGUCAGUUAGUCGCCUCUUGGAAGAGGACCCAAACAAUCCCCAUAGCUAACCGUUUUCAGCUUCGGUUUUUAGUCUUGUUGUCUGGUGUAUCAAGGCGGAGCCUGUUUUUUUUUUUCCUCGCAGAAGACGAGGAAGGCAGGAGGGCCUGUUUCUCUUCCUCUCUGCCUGCUGCUGUGUUCAGCUGCGGCAUCUCGUUCAGAACGAGAUGAGCAAACUGUGUGAGUGUGUGUGUGGCCCAAACAGGCAGUGUGUUCGAAUAAGUUUAUCUGUACUACACUGAAUAAUAAGUUUCUCUGUC